AGUUGAAAGUUGCACAGCUGAGAAAAUUCUCUAUUUUGAUUGAAAAUAUAGAGGAAAAGACGGUAACUGGAAAUUCUUUGUUGCGAAGAAACCAAAAGGAGCAGGAAACUGGUAAAUACUGAAAUCGGAUCCAGCAUCGCCGCGCCCAGAUCUUCCUUUCUGGUAUGGUUUUUGCUUUCCGAUUCUUUACAAACAGACGAACCUGGGCAUAGGGAUUCAGAGCAGAUCACAGAGACGCUAAAUGGAUCUCUCUCUUCUCUCCUCUUUCACGUUCUUGAAAUGAUGCGGUGUGUUUUUUAAGGUUUAGGUUUCGAGAUCUCUGGGGAAAGGCGAAGAGACUAGGACACAGAAACAGUAUCAUCUGGCCAUGGAUGAUACCAAUUUACGGACAGUUUUAUACGAGACGCGUCAUCACGCUUCCAGGCCAUACACUCCCGAUUAUCCCCCUCAACAGGCAAUUGAAGCUGAUAGAGGGAGCUUCCUAUCGUUGCUUUCGGCCAGAGGUUGGAGUCGACUCAAAGAAAAAUGGAAUGAAUACAAUCAACCGAAAAAAAUGAAAAAGUUGAUUUCCUUGUUUAUCUCUCCGAAUGGUGAACGUGUGGCCGUGGCUGCUGGAAAUCAGAUAACAAUUCUGUGGAAAGAUGAUGACUACUUGGAGCCGUGUGGAACUUUUACCAGUAGAAGCCUUGCUACAUUCACUACGGGAACUUGGUCUGAGCCCCACGAUGUACUUGGAGUUGGUGAUGAUACUGGUACAGUGUAUUUUCUUAAAGUAAACGGAGAAGAGAUAAUGAGAAUUAAGAAAAUCUCUAUUCCAAUUGUUGGCCUGAUUGCACAGAAUGAUUCUGAUGAACAGAGAUCCUGCUUGUGCAGCUUCGUUAUCAUUACAUCAGAUGGUUCCUUUCAGCACAUUGAGAUCAGCCAGGAGCCGAGUGCCUCUAUGUCCUCCAUACUCACCUCAGAUAAUGGCUUAACCCUAAAGAAGCAGUUCUAUGACAAUGUUUUCUGUUUUGACUACUGUCCAGAACUUUCUUUGCUAGUUGUUGUUGGUGGUUCUAUCAGUGUCUCACUGGCCUCUGGUGGGAACUCUGGGUCUUGUAGUAUUUCUCUUUGGCGUAGAAGUAAAAUCCUGGAUAUGGAGCGAUUAUUCUCUGCUCAAUUUGAGGGCAUAUAUUCUAAACCCAAAGGUUAUGUUGGUCAGCUAACAUGUCCAAAGGCGCUAAUCUCACCGGAAGUAAAUUUUGUUGCUACACUAGAUGUUAGAGGAUGCUUACACAUAUUCAAGCUGGAUAAAGAAUGCUUUUCAAUUUCGAGUUUCGCUUGCAGAGGGAUAUAUGAUUCAAUGGUGACCAAUAGUUUGUCCAAUGAAGGCAUUGAUUUUGUAAGUGACAUUGUUGACUUUACUUGGUGGUCUGACCAUAUCAUUGCUUUUGCAAAAAGGGGUGGUGUUCUCACCAUGCUUGAUAUCCUGAGUGGUACAAAAGUCCAGCAGGAUGAUACUGUGUAUUCCAUGCCUGUAUUAGAAAGAGUGCUGCAGUUUCCAGGAAAUAUUUUCCUUCUGGAGAGUAGAUUACCUGAAGGGAGAUACGAUUCAUCAAAUGUUGGGGAAAUGGAUGACUUGCAUAAAGUAGAGCUGAUUACUGAAGAUGGACUUAAUAAAUUUGAUAUUUCAAGGUUGCAAUGGAGUUUGGUAUCACUUUCAGAGAGAUCUGUUCCUGAAAUGUACAAUAUUUUAAUCAGCCAGCUGAAGUAUCUGGCUGCUUUUGACUUUGCUGAUUGUCAUGGGCUGGAUAAAGAUGAAGUUGUAAAGUCGCAGUGGUUGCAUUCCAGCCAAGGCGUAUAUGAAAUAAAUAAGUAUUUGUCGAAUAUUAAGGAUCAAGGUUUUGUAAUUUCUGAAUGUGUAGAUAAGGUUGGGCCGACAGAAGAUGCUGUAAGGAAUUUGCUUGCAUAUGGGUUGCGCAUAACUAACAAAUAUCGAUUUUCAGAACCAGAAGAACGUGAAUGUAACCAAAUUUGUGAUUUCCGCUUGUCUAGACUUCAGUUACUGCAAUUCAAUGACAGGCUGGAAACUUAUCUUGGAGUAAACAUGGGCAGGUUUUCUAUGCAGGAGUACAGAGAAUUUCGUGUUAUGCCUAUUGAUGAAGCUGCCAUUACACUCGCUGAAAGUGGAAAAAUCGGGGCCCUAAACCUCUUAUUCAAGCGUCAUCCUUAUUCUCUGACUCCUUCCAUGUUGACAAUUUUGGCUGCUAUUCCUGAAACUGUUCCUAUAGAAACAUAUGGGCAGCUUCUUCCUGGUAGGUCUCCUCCUACUAGUGUUGCUGUGAGGGAAGAAGAUUGGGUUGAAUGUGAGAAGAUGGUAAACUUUAUUAACAGUUUGCCCAAAAAUUAUGAGCUUGGUAUCCAGAUCAGAACUGAGCCCAUGGUCAAGCGUUGCCUUGGAUGGGCUUGGCCGUCAACUAUUGAACUUUCGAGAUGGUACAUGAAUAGAGCUAGAGAUAUUGAUAGUUUUACUGGGCAGCUGGAAAAUUGCCUCUGCUUGCUUGACUUUGCUUAUCGCAGAGGUAUCCAUGAGUUGCAGCAGUUCUUUGAUGAUGUCUCGUACUUGCACCAACUUAUAUAUUCUGAUGACAGUGAUGGUGAACUGAGUAUCAGGAUGAGUCUUGCCCAGUGGGAACAAUUAUCUGACCAUGAUAAAUUUAAAAUGAUGCUUAAAGGAGUCAAAGAGGAAAAUGUGGUUAAGCAAUUACGAGAUAAAGCAAUUCCAUUCAUGCAGAAUAGGUUUAAAGCGGCCUCAGAUUCUCUGGGUCAGGCGACAGAUAACCAUCUUUUGGUAGAUUACAACAAUGACGAGUCAUUUCUUGUUAGAUGGAUGAAGGAAAUUGCUUUGGAGAAUAAAUUGGAUAUGUGCUUGGUGGUGAUUGAGGAAGGAUGUGGAGACAUGGUGGUUGAGGAAGGAUGGAAUGACUUCCAGGGAAAUGACUUUUUCAAGGAUGAGGCUGAAGCUGUGGAUUGUGCCCUGCAGUGCAUAUAUAUGUGCACAGUAACAGAUAGGUGGAGCACCCUGGCAGCCAUACUGUCAAAACUUCCACAAAUACAAGGUACCACAACACGUGCUGAGGGCCUCAAGAGAAGGCUGAAACUGGCUGAAGGCCAUAUUGAAGCUGGACGACUUUUGGCAUUUUACCAGGUCCCAAAGCCUAUGAGUUUUUUCCUAGAAGCUCAUUCAGAUGGAAAAGGCGUAAAGCAGAUUCUUCGCCUGAUACUUUCAAAAUUUAUUCGUCGACAACCUGGCCAUGCUGAUAAUGAUUGGGCAAACAUGUGGCGUGAUAUAAUGAGUUUGAGAGAGAAGGCAUUUCCUUUUCUGGACCUGGAGUACAUGCUGAUGGAAUUCUGCAGAGGGCUGCUGAAAGCUGGGAAAUUUUCUCUUGCAAGGAAUUAUUUGAAAGGUACAAGUUCCGUUGCUUUGGCAUCAGAGAAGGCAGAAAAUCUUGUCAUUCAAGCUGCAAGGGAAUAUUUUUUCUCAGCUUCAAGUCUUACAUGUACUGAAAUUUGGAAAGCCAAGGAAUGUCUGAAUCUAUAUCCAAGUAGUGGAAAUGUGAAAGCAGAGGAUGACAUUAUCAAUGCGCUUACAGUUAAACUUCCAAACCUUGGAGUGACUCUUCUACCCAUGCAAUUCAGACAAAUAAAAGACCCAAUGGAGAUUGUUAAAAUGGCAAUCACAAGUCCAACUGGUGCUUAUUUGCAUGUUGAUGAACUAAUUGAGGUCGCCAAACUUCUUGGAUUAAACUCUCCAGAAGAUAUAUCAGCCGUUGAGGAAGCUAUUGCGAGAGAAGCUGCAGUUGCAGGUGAUCUGCAAUUAGCAUUUGAUCUCUGCCUUGUUUUGGCUAAAAAAGGACAUGGUCUCAUUUGGGACUUAUGUGCUGCAAUAGCUAGGGGUCCUGCCCUCGAAAACAUGGAUAUCAGAUCUCGAAAGCAGCUACUAGGUUUUGCUUUAAGCCACUGUGAUGAGGAAUCCAUAGGUGAGUUGUUAUAUGCAUGGAAAGAUUUAGAUAUGCAAGGCCAGUGUGAGACAUUAAUGAAUUUGACGGGGACAAUCCCUCCCAAUUUCUCAGUUCAAGGUUCCUCAAUUGUCUCACUUCCAGUCCCUAGUAUGCAAGAUAUUGUUGACUUGAAAGAUUCCUUUGGACUGGUUCAAGGGGUCAGUGGUGAUGACCGAGAUGUUCAUUUUGAUAACAUAAAAAAUGUAUUUUCUGCCGUUGCUAAAAGCCUACCCAUUGAGAAUGGGAACAAUUGGGAGUCUGCUCUGAGAGAAAAUGGAAAAGCUGUGUCUUUUGCUGCUUUACAUCUUCCAUGGUUGCUUGAAUUGAGCAGGAAAGCAGAACAUGGUAAGAAAUUGAUUCCUGGCUUAAUUCUUGGAAAGCAGUAUGUUACUGUAAGAACACAGGCUGUGGUGACUAUCUUGUCUUGGUUGGCAAGGAAUGGUUUUGCCCCUAGAGAUGAUCUGAUUGCCUCUCUGGUAAAAUCAAUUAUUGAACCUCCUGCUACUGAAGAGGAAGACAUCAUGGGAUGCUCCUUUCUCUUAAAUCUUGUGGAUGCAUUUACUGGAGUUGAAGUUAUAGAAGAGCAGCUGAGAACAAGGAAGGAUUACGAAGAAAUUAGUCACAUCAUGAAUGUGGGAAUGACAUAUAGCUUAUUACACAACUCUGGGCUAGAGUGUGAGGGGCCUGCUAGGAGGAGGGAGCUAUUGCUGAGGAAAUUUGAAGAAAAGCACACACAACUUAGUUCUGAUGAAAUAGAAAAGAUUGAUAAAGCACAGUCCACAUUUUGGAGAGAAUGGAAGCUGAAAUUAGAAGAACAAAAACGUGUGGCAGAUCAUUCUAGGGAAUUAGAGAAAAUAAUUCCUGGGGUUGAAACCGAACGCUUUUUAUCUGGAGAUGUCAAAUACGUUGAGGAUGUUGUUGUCUCCCUAAUUGAAUCAAUAAAGUUGGAGAAGAAGAGCAUUUUGAGUGACCUUUUGAAAAUAGCUAAUGCCUAUGGCUUGAGUCGUACUGAGGUGCUAUUGCAAUGCCUAAGUUCUCUCCUUGUUUCCGAGAUUUGGACAAAUGAUGAUAUUAUGGCUGAAAUUGGAAACUUUAGGGGAGAAAUAAUUGAUCAUGCUGUAGAAACUAUCAAACUUAUUUCCUUGAUUGUGUACCCUGCAAUCAAUGGGUGUAACAAGUUGAGGCUUGCUUAUGUGUACAGUCUGCUCUCUGACUGCUACUCACAACUGGAAGAAACUAACCGUUCAUUAGCAAUCAUUAAAACAGACCAAACAAAUAUGUCCACUCUUGGAUUUGCUCAAUUCUACAAGCUCAUUGCACAAGAAUGCAGAAGAGUUUCCUUUAUUAAGAACUUGAACUUUAAAAAUAUUGCUGGGUUAGCUGGUUUGAACUUGGUGGGUUUCAGCACUGAAGUCUGCACAAACAUCAAUGAAAGUAGCUUGGAAGCUCUGGCAAAAAUGGUACAGAGCCUUGCCAGUAUCUAUACUGAUCCAGUGCCUGAUGGUCUCAUAACAUGGCAGGAUGUCUACAAGCAUUAUGUCCUAAGUUUGUUGACAGCUUUGGAGACUAGAGCUAUGGCUGAUUAUAAAAUUAAAAGCCCUGAGAACCUUCAGGGCUUUAUAAGUCAACUUGAGCAGAGUCAUGAUUUCUGCAGAAGGUAUAUCGAACUCCUGACUCCUUCAGAUGCAUUGGACAUCAUGAAAUGGUACUUCAAAGUAAUAGCACCCAUUUAUGGUUCUCAUGGGAGUCUACCAGAUAACUCUGCAUGGCAGGAGUGCCUCAUCGUCCUUUUGAACUUUUGGAUUAGAUUGACUGAUGGAAUGAAGGAUAUUGUAUCUAACAUGGUUCCAGGAGGAAAUAUCAAGUUUAAUCCAGAAAGCAUAAUGAGUUUUCUAAGGGUUUUUAUGAGGUUGGUGAUUGAGGACAUUGUAUCACCAAGUCAGGGCUGGGGCACCAUUAUCAACUAUGUCAAUUGUGGUUUAAUUGAUGAUUUUGCUGUUGAUAUUUUCAUUUUCUGCAAAGCCAUGAUAUUCUCUGGUUGUGGGUUUGGAGCCAUUGCAGAAGUGUUUUCUGUAGGCAUAUCACAGCAGUCAAGUGGUUCAGCAGCAGCUGGUGACAAUGAAGAUUGUGAUCUUUCCUGUCUGUAUUUAAAUAUCUUGGAACCCAUUUUACAAGAUAUGGUCAAUGAGUCCCAUGAACAUCAGAAUUUGUAUAAUCUAUUGUCAUCUCUGAGUAAACUAGAAGCUAAUUUGGAGGGCUUGAAGAGGGCCAGGACUGUAGUUUGGGAAAGAAUGGCCGAGUUUUCUGGUAAUCUGCAGCUGCGAAGUUCUGUUCGUGUUCAUGCUCUAGAGCUUAUGCAAUUCAUCACAGGUCAAACUAUCAGGGGUUUCUCACCUGGGAUACAAUCUAACGUUCUACCAUGGGAAGGGUGGGAUGAGUUGCAAUUUUCAGUUAAGAACAGGGAGACUAUUGCUGAUCAGGGGUUGCCAGAUCAGAAGGAUACUUCCAGCAGGUUUACGAGUACGUUGAUUGCCCUGAAAUCAUCCCAGCUUGCAGCAACCAUCUCACCUAGCAUAGAAAUUACCCCUGAUGAUCUCUUGAAUGUGGAGACUGCAGUUUCUUGCUUCUUAAAGUUGUGUGGAGCUGCUACUACAGAUUCCCAUAUUGAUACUUUACUUUCCAUUUUGGUAGAGUGGGAGGGGCUUUUCAUCAUUGGUAGGGAUGAGGAGGCCUCUGCAGAAGUCUCUGGUGCAGGAAAUGACUGGGUCAAUGAUAAUUGGGAUGAAGGAUGGGAAAACUUUCAGGAAGUAGAACCUCUUGACAAAGAAAUGACGAGAAGCUCUGUAUCUUUUCACCCUUUACACCCCUGUUUUAUGGAGGUUUUCAAGAAACUAUUAAGUCUCUCUCGGCAAAGAGAUCUGCUAACACUGAUUGACCAAUCCUUAUCAAAAUCUAAUGGAUUGUUGCUUGAUGAAGAUGGUGCUAGGAGCUUGUGCCAGAUUCUAACCCAGGUAGAUUGUUUUGUUGCUUUAAAGGCCAUGCUGUUAUUGCCUUAUGAAGCAUUACGAUUACAGUGCUUGGAUGAAGUUGAGGAGAAGCUGAAACAAGGAGGCAUCUCAGACACAAUUGCAAGAGACCAUGAGUUCUUAAUGCUUGUUCUAUCUUCAGGGAUCACAUCAACUAUCAUCACCAAAUCUUCCUAUGGUACGACUUUCUCAUAUCUAUGCUAUAUGAUUGGAAGUUUGUCGCACCAGUAUCAAGAAGCCCAGUCAUUCAGGCUUACACAAAAAGGAUCGAACCAGAGCAAGAGCAGUGAGGGAGACAACUCAUUACUCUUUGUAAAAGUCAUCUUCCCUGCUUUUAUAACGGAGCUCGUGAAGGCAGGUCAGCAGAUUCUGGCAGGAUUUCUUAUUACGAAAAUUAUGCGCACAAAUGCAUCACUCAGUCUCAUUAACAUAGCCGAGGCCAGUCUUCGAAGAUAUUUGGAGAGGCAACUCCAUGUAUCGGAGCAUGAAGAUUUUGCCCUCGAGGAGACUUGCGAAACAUUGAAGAAUACUUCUUGCAGUUUGAGAGGGAAGUUGGGAAAUCUGAUCCAAUCUGCUUUGUCUUUACUUCCACGUAAUGUUGGAUGAGAAUGUUGAGUUUGUUUUUUUUUUUUUUUUUUUUUUUUUUUUUUUUUUUUUUUUUUUUUUUUUUUUUUUUUCUCUCCACAACAGCUAUGCAACUGUAUUUGGAGUUGUAUAAAGUGUUGUAUAAAAGGCUUCUUCUGUUGGGGAAAGAAGAGAAAGGAGGCAGAGAGGGGUUGGAACUUUUGUUAAGUAUUUUGAGUUUAUAGCAAUCUCUUUUACGCGGGUAAAAGAAACCCUAAUGGAAAAUAGACAUGCAGUUUCAUUGCUGUGUAAAUCUCAGCCGUACGUUAAUUCUUGUGGGGGCAUAAGCCCUUUUCAUCAA